UUCUAUCUCUUUCUUUCUCCAAUAUUCCUCCCAUUUAUAAAUGCGUUUGAGUGGGGAAUUUUGUGGAAGAGAAAACAAAAAGCAAUCUCUUGGUUUUUGUUCAUAUAAAGAUUUGGUCUUUGGGGCUCCUUCAUAGUAAUCAAGAAAAGCGUCUUUGAGGUUUUUGUACGGUUCUUUAAAGAAAAAAAAAAGAAAAGUAAGAAACAAAGGAAAGGAAUUGAAGGUUUCAAGGAAAUGGUUUUCAUGUGUGAGAUUUUCUUCACAGGAGGAAAGUUGGAAGAAAGAGAGUGGGAGAAGGAGAGAUAAUAGAAAAAAAAUAAAGAAGAAAAACACUUAAUUUGCUUAAAAAGCCAUAGUAGCAGAAGUAGAAAAGAGAGAUUUUUAAGCAAGAACAAGAUCCCAAAGUUUUAUUUCAUCUGCUUCUCUGCUGGGCUAUUGGCAAUGUCUGCUACAAUAAUCAGUGAUCCAAUGGUGGCAUCAGCACCAGCACCAGAAACUCAAACAACAUCAGCAAAACUUGUUGCACAAAGUGAAGUUGAGUUUGCCAAAUGCGAUUGCUGUGGGCUAACCGAGGAGUGUACCCCAGCAUACAUCGAAAGGGUACGCGAUCGAUACCAAGGCAAAUGGAUAUGUGGCCUCUGUGCUGAAGCUGUCAAAGAUGAGAUUCUAAGGACAGAAAGGCUUAUUAGUACUGAGGAAGCAAUGGCAAGGCACAUGAAUUUUUGCCAAAAAUUUGUCUCCUCCGGACCGCCUCCUGAUCCUACAGUUCAUUUAAUAUCUGCUAUGAGAAAUAUUCUUAGAAGAAGCCUGGAUUCUCCAAGAGGUUUAAGAUCAACCCCAACUAGUCCUACAAGAAAGGUUGGUGAAAUACGGGGUUCAGGGCUUACUCGGUCCGAAAGUUGUUUCCCUACCCUGUCUGGUUGAUAGAGACAAAUGGAAAGGAAAUUAAUAGAAUGGAAGUGAAUAUUGUUGGGAAUUCGAUUUGAUAUGCUGCAAAUGAAAAGAAUAGAGCUUAUGGGUGUUUGGUCAUAAAAGACUUGGGCUCGAAUUCUUCCUUCUUCAUGAUUGUAUCAUUGAUUAAAAGGAAAGAACUAAAAAUGAAGUAAAAAAUGAAAAAAGAAAAAGAAAUUGAUGUUUAAGUUUAGACAUAGAAGCUUAUGUAGAUUUUAAUGUCAAAUAUAGAACUCCUUUGUUGUUAGAAAUCUAAUUCUUCUUGCAGAAAAAUUACAGUUCUUUACCACUCCUUGAAUCUGCUUUCUUAUACCAAGGCAACAAACUUUACAUUAUGUUUGGACAAGUUUUUUACCAAAUAGUUUGCAUUUGAACUUGAAGAAGCAUUCUACAAUUGAAUUUGAACUUUUUUCAACCAAAUCGAAACAUAUUUUAAAUGGAAAACUUGUUACCAGUUGUGAGAUUUUGCAAACGUGGGUUAUGAACUUGGUCCUUUUUUUUCUUUUUCUGGUGAUCCUGGUUUUUGGAAAUUGAACACAAAGUUAU